CUCACGCCUUGUCGACAAAACUGGACAUGCGGGGCUCCGUUGAGGAAUUUUAGAACGUUUACUUUCAUCGCUAUUAACGAAACAAAAGCAAGAUGAACGUCAGAUGUGCUCGGCCAGAGGACCUGCUGAAUAUGCAGCACUGCAAUCUUCUGUGUCUACCGGAGAACUACCAGAUGAAGUAUUACUUCUAUCAUGGUCUCUCUUGGCCUCAACUCUCCUAUGUAGCUGAAGAUGAGAAUGGCAAGAUUGUUGGAUACGUCCUUGCAAAGAUGGAGGAAGAUCCAGAUGAACUGCCUCAUGGCCACAUCACGUCCUUGGCUGUGAAGCGAUCCCAUCGCCGUCUUGGACUUGCUCAGAAGCUGAUGGACCAAGCAUCCCGAGCCAUGGUAGAAUGCUUCAAUGCUAAAUAUGUGUCUCUUCAUGUUAGAAUGAGCAACCGAGCUGCCCUUCAGCUGUAUCAACACACUCUGAAAUUCUCAAUCAGUGAGAUUGAGCCGAAGUACUACGCUGAUGGUGAGGAUGCUUAUGCCAUGAAGAGAGAUCUCAGUCAUGUUCAAGGAGUUCAGAGGAGAACCGGACUAAAAGGCGGAGAGAAAGAGGAAGAUAAGAGCAACGAGCAAACGGAUCUCCAACUGGAGUCUAAACCAGCUCUGAAGGACGGAAAAGAAAGCGACACUUCAAGACUGGAGGAGAAAGACAAAGGAGCAGGGCAAGGCAAAGCAGAGCAGAAUGGAGCUGGUGGAGGGAAGACAGGAGGGGGUGCUGGGGAACAUCGGCCUGGUGAGCGAUCUAAGAGAAGCAGGAAGAAGGCAAGAGAUGCUGCCAGGGCAACCGAGGAGCGAGGAACAGAUGGCAAGGAUAAGAAGGAGAAGAGUAAAGAUCCGAGCUAACAUUCGAAUGACUUACAUUUUCUCUGCGGGUUUUCUUUGUAAUUUGUUUAUGCAGUGUUGCAAAAUAUCAUACAGUUUCUCUGUUCUAACCACUUAGAAUAAUCAAUAAAUUAGUUGUUUCAAAGACUAGACAUAUUUUGUUUUAAUUUAAAAAAAAAAAAAAAUUUCUUAAAGGCAGUGGACACCAUUGGUAAUUGUCAAAG